CAACAUUACCCCUCACCAUCCCGUGAAGCAGCGCAAUGGAACAGCCGCAAAAUCUACGAUCCCUUUUUGCGGAAGCGAAAGCUGAAAAGUCUGCUUUAGAAGCCCGCCCCGACAGCAACACGGAUGCAUACCGCAGUGAUGUCAACGCAACAAUAGCCAAGCUUGAGGAAUGCCAGCGGCAAGUGGGCUUGCUAUCUCUGUUCAGCUCGAACGAACCUUUGGAGGACAUCUCCACGACAGAUAUCCAAUACCUUACGGUAGAGUAUCAUCUUGCAGAUCUUCUCCAAAGAACCUACAGCUCGGACCGCGAAGCUCUCCUCCGACGUGCGCUUGGGCAAUAUGAACGCUUCCUCGCCCGACUAGACGAUUACGACGUCCUUAAUGAGAAGGACAAGAAGCUUUAUGAACGUUACACCUCGAACCCCACCUCUUUUUCCCUGACUACAACCAAUGAUGCUGCGACCCGCCGAGAAGUGAAGAUAAACAGGUUCAAGGAGGAGAAGGAGCUGAAGCAGAAAUUAGAGUAUUUUGCGAAUAACCAAAGCCGGCUGCAAAGCGACGAGGAGGAUGUCCGGAAACUCUACCUCGCCGAGAUCAACCUCUACAUCCACCAGUCAUUCCAGUCCUUGGAUCUGCUGUCGCAAGAACUGACUAUGCUGUCAACCAUCCGCAGUGCUCCGCCAAACCCCGCUGAGUCAUUGCAGGAUGAUCCACGUCGGCGGAAUCAGGCAAGCGAGUCGAGCUACUCCGAGCGGCUAGAUCGUCCGAUUGCCGAACUGCUGAGAGGAGGGAAGUUCGGACCUAUCCUGAGUAAGGAGGGGAAGCCUAUGCAGCCAUUCACGUUGCUUGAUCGCAGGACGCAGCUCCAGCAAGGGGUUUUCCGAUCGGGACAUAAUCUACCCACUAUGACGAUUGAUGAAUAUCUUGAAGAGGAGAAAAGGAGGGGUAAUGUCAUCGAAGGCGGGGGAGAAAAGUCAGGCAUAAAGCCUGAGGUCGACGAAGAUGACAUGGAUUUGGCUGAUGAAGAAACAAUGAAGGCCAGAGCUUGGGACGAGUAUAAAGAGGCGAAUCCAAGAGGCUCUGGCAAUACAUUGAAUCGGGGUUGAUGUGCAUGAAAUAUAUAUAUAUAUAUAUAUGUCUCUG